AUGCCGCGAAGCGAUGUCCUUCAACCUUCAACCCACCUCACCCAAUCCUCCCCACCACGACCACAUCCACGACGACAACAACCCCGAGGACCACGCCGACCACGACAACGGCAACACAUCACCCCCUACGCGUCGCCUCUAUCCUCUAUGGCUGGAAAGGGAGGAAAGCGCAAGUCGGAGAGCGCGCUCCCAGCUGGCAAGAGCAAGCAGCGCAAGACUUUGAGAGGCGAUGACUCGGGCUCAGAACACGCCGAGGCCGAAUCUGAUGACCAGCUCUUCGUCCAGCAAGAGCCGGACGCUCCCAAGCCCGUCACGAAGGGUGGGGCCACGACGCGCAUGUCGGAGCCAUUGAAGCGAUCAGCGCGGGUGGCUGCGUAUGUGGAGGAUGAGGGGAGGAUGGAUGGCCAGCAAUUCCUCGCGCUGGUCGAGUUCGAAAGCAAGAAGAAGAGACGCGCAGCCCAAGCCACCAGCAAAUACAUGGAGAGGCUCGAGGACAACAUUGGCCUCUCCGAAGACCAUCUGAGGAAGCUCCUCCGCCACCUCAGUGCUGAUGCGACCAAGAAAGACACGGACUUUAUAGAGGCCUUCAAAGACGCGUAUGCGGCCUCACGUCCUCUGCCGCCAUCCCAAAAUACUGCCGGGAAUUCGUCUGGAGAAUCCUCGUUCGCCACGCUGUACGGCCGGGGCAAAGAAAUUCUCAGAACCACGCAGCUGAACAUUCAGAAGUUCGAGACCCUUGGUGCGAAGACGGCCCGUAUUGAUACCUCGGGCUUGAUGGACAACGAUUGGCUGGCCGACGACGAGCAGACGGCUGGGAUACUAGAGACUGGUCGCAAGUAUGGGCUGGAGAAGUAUGCGGCGAUGCUGAGGGGGUCCGAGGAUCCAGUUGUCGAGGAGGAAGCUGCCGUCUAUGUCGGCAUGAUCUACAGGGACCUCGAGGCAGAUGCGUCGCGGUCAUGGGGAAGGAUUGCUAAGAAGCAGGAGAAGUCGGCGCGAAGACUCUACAAGGCUAUCGCCGCGGAGGAUGCGCUUUGA